CCCUACGACGAGCUGCGGCCGCUGACUUGCGACGGGCAGGACACCUGGGGCAGCUUCUCCCUCACGCUCAUCGACGCCCUGGACACGCUGCUAAUCUUGGGGAACGUUUCUGAGUUCCAGAGAGUUGUCAAUGUGCUGCAGGAAGGGCUGGACUUCGACAUUGAUGUCAAUGCAUCUGUCUUUGAAACCAACAUUCGAGUGGUGGGGGGGCUCCUCUCUGCCCACCUGCUCUCCAGGAAGGCUGGCGUGGAGGUCGAGGCGGGCUGGCCAUGCUCGGGGCCUCUCCUGAGGAUGGCAGAGGAAGCAGCUCGUAAACUGCUGCCAGCUUUCCAGACCCCAACUGGGAUGCCCUAUGGCACAGUGAACCUCCUGCAUGGAGUCAACCCUGGGGAGACCCCAGUUACCUGUACUGCUGGAAUUGGCACGUUUAUAGUGGAAUUUGCCACUUUAAGCCACCUCACUGGUGACCCAGUGUUCGAGGAUGUGGCCAGGAAGGCUUUGAAGGCCCUGUGGAAAAAUCGCUCAGAUAUUGGGCUGGUGGGGAACCACAUUGAUGUGAUCACUGCCAAGUGGGUGGCCCAGGAUGCUGGCAUUGGGGCAGGAGUGGACUCCUACUUUGAGUACCUGGUGAAAGGAGCCAUUCUCCUGCAGGACAAGGAGCUGAUGUCCAUGUUUCUGGAAUAUAACAAAGCUAUCAAAAAUUACACCAAGUUUGACGACUGGUACCUGUGGGUUCAGAUGUACAAAGGAACAGUGUCCAUGCCUGUGUUUCAAUCCCUGGAGGCCUAUUGGCCAGGCUUACAGAGCCUAAUUGGGGAUGUGGAUAAUGCCAUGAGGACCUUCCUCAACUAUUACACUGUCUGGAAGCAGUUUGGGGGGCUGCCUGAGUUCUACAACAUUCCCCAGGGCUACACAGUGGACAAGAGAGAGGGAUAUCCACUCAGGCCUGAGCUGAUUGAGAGUGCCAUGUAUCUGUACCGUGCUACAAGAGAUCCCACGCUCCUGGAGCUGGGAAGAGAUGCAGUGGAGUCAAUAGAGAAAAUCAGCAAGGUGGACUGUGGGUUUGCAACUAUCAAAGACUUGAGGGAUCACAGGCUGGACAAUCGCAUGGAAUCCUUCUUUUUGGCUGAAACAAUCAAAUACCUGUACCUGCUGUUUGACCCAGGCAACUUCAUCCACAACGAUGGCUCAGACUUCGACGUGGUGGUUACACCCUAUGGGGAGUGUGUCUUGAAUGCUGGAGGCUACAUCUUCAACACAGAGGCUCAUCCCAUCGAUCCUGCUGCCCUGCACUGCUGCAGGAAGCGCAAGGAAGAGCAGUGGGAGGUCGAAGACUUGAUGCGGGAAUUCUACUCACUGAAGAAAACCAAGAAAUUCACUUUAAAAAGACCCUCUGACCCCGGUGAAGGGGAGAGUGCAAAAGACCCCGAAGAUGCAGAGAAAACUGGAGAGAAGAGAAGAUCUAAGAAGAGCUCACACUCCCUCCUGAGUUGCCCCAGUCAAUCUUUUAACUCCAAGCUUGCAGUACUGGGACAGGUCUUCCUAGAUAACACCUGAUCCCUUUUGCAUCUUCAGUGUAAAUUAUUGAAC